UUUGUUCCAUCCAUUGCUGCGCAUGCGCCAGUUAUCCAAGUUAUUUAGUAAUUAUCGUUAUAAAGAAAUAUAUAGAAGAAAAUUUUAAGAAUUGAGAUUUUAUCCAUUUGCAUUGACGUUUAACUUUUUGCCGUGACAUAUUUAGAAAAUUCAAAGCAGGAUCUUUGAGUUGAUUUUUUUUUAAUUGAAAUUAUUCUAGGUUUAAGUCGGUCAUUUUUAAGAUAAAAAUUAGUCACGACACGUAUACAGAACCCAUUAGUUAUAUUUGUUUGAAUCAUUUUUGUUGGAUUUCAUUAUUUUUUUAAGCAAUUUCUUACAGGAAUUUUUUUUCUGCCGUGGUAUCGCAUGCAAGUUCAGACUUCAGAUAUUUGAUUAAUAUUUUUUUCAUAAAAAAUAAUUGUGAUAUAAUCCGGUCAUUUUUUACUUAAAAACAACAAUUUUUCGGCAAGUUGACUGAAAUUCGUGUACAACAAGCAAACGACGCAAGAGGUUGGUGCUAACCGAUAGUUAUUGGCGCAUAUAUAUGAAUAUGAAAUAUUAAAGCUUCUUUUAAACUUAUCUCUAUUUAUUUAUCUCUUUUUGCCGUGAAUUUAGAAAAAUUUAAAAGUCUUUAAUUAAAACAAAACAACAAAACUCUUCAGUGAGAUGAACACAAUACAAUAUAGAGCUAUACACAAAUAUUAAGCAUGGUUUAUUUUCAAGUGGUGCGAGAAUGCCAUUUUACCAAACAUUGAACCAUAAAAUUUCAUACUAGUAACUUGAAUUCAAACAACUUAAAAAGUAGGAAGUAUCCAACUGUGAUCACUGCUACCUACGUCCUACAAAGCAACUUUUACGAAUUACACGACACGGGCGACAAUAAACACAACUGUCCUUACUCAAAUAUUGGCAUAUGGUAUAAAUUUUUAUGUCAUAAGUUAUUUCCUGUUAUAUAAUAGAAAAACGAAUUAAAAUACAAUUCAAAAGCAAUAAGAAUUCAGUCUAACGUUGCAAUGACGAGUGGACAUAAUUUGCGAAGUCGUAUUCACAAAGAUUGGAAAAAGUUGUGUUUUGGAGACUCAUUACCUCGUUUGAAGAAAGAACCAGCAGCAUCCAGGGUCGUUUUAGAGGAAACUUUCAAAGUUGAGAGACUUAUUGUGAAGAAAUUUACACCAAAAGAGGGCAACUUAUAUCUAGUAAAAUGGGAAGAUUAUCCAUAUACUGAGACAACCUGGGAACCACAAUCGCACAUCGAUCAAGAUUCUCUGUCUGAAUAUUUUCCAAAGAUAAUCGAACACCAACGCUUACUGUCAGCAGCAAACGCGCUCGAAGACGCUAUUCGUGAUCGACUAAGACGAGGCAACAGAAAUAACAGAUCCGUGGUCAGAUUUGAUCUUGACAUUUUUAGAUAUUGCUUUCAUAGCGACAAAGCUGUAUUACUUAACUCUACACAAGAUUUUUCAAAACUUCCUCUAAGUAACAGUUGGUACUAUAAGAUUGCUCAAAACGGAACUGGUCAGAAAAUUAAAUUCCCAAUUUUGCUCACGCCAAAACUGCGUAUGAGAAAGAUAUACGUUAAAAUUGAGGACAAAGUCGUAUUGGAAAACAAGCCAAUUGAAACAUUAUGUGUUACUUCUGCAACUUGUAACUUUAUGUAAGCCAAUUGUUCCACCAUGUGUUUAUUUGUGUUUUGUAAACUAUUCAUUGUACAUACUUUAGCAGCAGUUUAAAAUUUCUUGAUACAAUCGUGAACAUGUCCGAACACUUAUCACCAUACCAGAAAUUGAAAUUCCAAAGCACUAUAAGCCUAGGAUCGCAAUCUCCCGUUUUAAAAAGAGAUUUCAAAUCCGAAGAUAAAAUUUCUCUUACAAUUGACAUCAAGUAUUCUUUUGUGCGUGAACUUUACAAAGCAAAGUGUGAAUUUCCAGAACUUAGCUACAUUUGUAUAUUAAACUCCCAGUUAAAACCAGUUUAUCUGAAACCGUGCGAUCGACUUGAUGAAAGACUGCGACGGAUCUGUAGUGAAGUGUCAUCAAUAUACAAAAGACAAGUUGGUGGUCGUCAAAAAGUAAAACUGGACGAGAAAAUGAAAAAGCUAGCUGUUUACGAUUCCGAAAUUGAAAUUGCGUCAAAACUGUAUGCAGAUGUUUCCAAGUUUGAAAAAGACAAUGUAAAGUUGACAGAAAAAUAUC